ACAACUCAACCGUAUGGAGUCGUGAACUUUAGUCACAAGACACAAGCAGUUGUGCAAUUUCACUGUAAUUCAAUAUUCAGGAAUUUAUCGGGUGUAUUCAACUUAAACUGAAACCAGUGGCAGUGACCUUACCUUACCUUACAUUUUAUUUCAAAGGAUUAAUUUUGACUGCGCUCUCAUAUUAAAGCACAGUGUUUUGAACAUUAUAACGAUGUAAAUAAACUACACGACAAAAUGUAGUUCCUGAAUGAAGUAAAGCCAAGGUAAGAUGAAAUGAAAUAUAUUCAAGUGAGUUUACAUAAGCAUAUCGAAACACAGGGCCAGCGCCGAAUGCCAAUUCAAAGUCGGCUGUAGCCUGUAAACAUAAUAUCAAAGAAUAUCUGAAGAGACCAGAAGAGAAAUAGUCAAUAGAAGUUUCGCGAGAGUUAAUAAAUGUCAUUUUGUGGGCAUUUUAAUUUUUAAUUUUAUGCUGGCUUUAAACUCGUAUUUGUUGAUGCAGAACGGCUAUACACAGUGCUGUCUCGGUCAAUAAUAUAAGAAUUUUAAAUAAUAGCGUUUCGUCAUUUAUUUCAAAACGACAUCUAAGUGUUCUAACAUAUUUUCUCUUUAAUAUGUCUAUUUUUCAAGAUAUUGAUUCAACAGUGAUCUAAACCGAAAAUGGCGUCAUACGACACUGGUUGGGAAGAUGAACUAUUUCAACAUCCCGUCAGCCAAACUUUCCAUUGUGGUAUAUGUAUGAAUGUUUUGAAGGAUCCAGUUUCGUGUCGACAUAAUGAGCAUUUGUUCUGUCGAGCUUGUAUCACCAUACAUCUCAUGAACUUUCAAACAUGUCCAUCGUGUAUGGAACCACUCACUGUCGAAUCACUGCGCCAAGCACCUCGGACCGUAACCAACUUACUUUCCGAAUUAAAGAUCCGCUGUCAAUUCUUCGAUCGUGGUUGCGGACAGUUUGUUGAAUUGGGAGAUCUCGAAAGGCAUGUUACUGACUGUGGGUUUGCCCCAGCAGUCUGCUCUAAUGAAGGAUGCCAACUUGAGGUGAAUAAACAAGAUUUACUACACCAUGAAACAGCUGUGUGUGAACUACGCAGAGUCAAGUGCCACAAUUGCAACGAAAUCAGACAAGAGAUGGAUACAGUGAAAGUUAAUUUGGCAGCAAUGAAUGAAAAGUUGAAUGAAAAGUUGAAAGGAGUUGCGGAACAGUUGUACAGAAAUAAGGAACAGACGGACAGAAAUCAGAAGAAUAUGGUCGCAAAAGUUGAACUGGUUCAAGAACAACUUAACAAGCAGGAAGAAGGCAUUAGUCAGCUUAAAGCGGACAAUGUAGAAAUGAAGAGAAGUUUAAAUGAAAUUACGAAACAACUGGAAAGAAUGGCACAACAAACAUCGCAUGAAGUGCAGGCAGAAGAAAUGAAGAAAGAGACUGCAGAAGGUGGAAUGGACAGAGAGUUGAAGGUCGUUAUCGCUGGAGGUUGGAAUGGGAGAGAAUAUCUAAAUUCAGUGGAAAUGUUCAGUCUGUUAAACGCAACUUGGACACCACUAAAGUCAAGGAAAGAAAGUCUUGACAGAACAUCUUCAGUUGUUCACAACAAUCAAUUUUUUGUCAUUGGAGGUGAUGGUAACAGGGGAGGAAUCAAGUCAAUUGAAAAACUAUCACUGAAUGCUGUUCAUGUUGAUCAUUCUAUAACUUGGGAAAAUGUUCUUGCUGAGUUGCCUGGAGCAUUGAAUGGACACUGCAGUGUAGUUUAUAAUGGACGGUUGAUAAUGAUUGGAGGGUUUGAUGAUAGUAAAUAUGCAUAUUCUGGUAGUAUUACUGGGAUUUCUCUUGUUCCACCUUAUACCAGUAAACUGUUGGCUACCAUGCCACAGGCAAGAUAUCUUCAUGGUGUUGCAAAGUUUGGUGACAAGAUACUGAUUCUUGGAGGCAAGUUCAAUGGUUUUUCCAGUACAAAUCUUGCAAGUGUUUUGUUGUAUGAUAUUACUAAGAAUGAAUGUAAGAAGUUAGCAGCCCUCCCCUACCCCGUUUCUGAAAUGGCCACAGUCAAGUGGGGUGAUGACAGUGUGAUAAUAGCGGGUGGUGUUGAAAGUAACGAUCAAGCAUUAAACAAAGUUUUAUUAUACAACAUCAAGACGCAGAAGAGUUGUAUGUUGCCAGACAUGAAGUAUAAGAGGAGAGGAUGUGUGGCUGCAGUUGUCAGAGACACUGUGAUUGUCAUGGGAGGCAUGGAUGAAAGACGAAAGUGCUUAAAGUCUGUAGAAUGUUUUCGAUUUGAUCGCUAUAGCUGGCAAGAACUUCCUGAAAUGCAGGAAGCAAGAUGCUGGGCUACUGCAGUUGUAUGUUAAUUAUGCAUUGUAUAUUAGGAACCUAAUUAAGUUGUUGCAGUAUUUUAUACACUUGUAGUUGUAGCCAUUCUGCCAUAGGUGUUGGUAGUGGCGUAGUAUAGGUCACUAUAUACGCCACUGCGAAUCGGAGAUCGAGCCAUUGCAUGGUUUAAAUUCACACCUAUGGCUACAAAAACAGUUGGUAGAAUAUUUUGACCGUAACACAUUGAAAUUUUAAAAUGUGUUAGUCAUUUUAUGCCUAUUACCGCUAAUUAUUGGACCUCCUAUGAUAAAACUUGCCUCAUACGUCUCAUACCUUCGCAAAUACGAUGUUUUAUAUUUUUACUAACGCAAGUAUUUGUCACUUUUCUUUUGAAUCACAUAUCUUUUGAAAUAUUGAUGAUCCUUAAGGAAUUUGGAACUGCAUGACAUUUUAAAGGGUAU